AUGACGAGGAACGUGCUCUUGCGCGACGUUCCGGAGCUAGGAGGAAAACUUCGAGGGAGCCGAGCGCUGCGAGGCCAGGUCCAAGUUGAUCAAGGUUACCGGCGAGACAAGCGGACAAAGCAUCGGAAUUCGGACCAGGUCUGGACGGACGAUGGCCGACUGUCCUGUGAACGCUGCCACAUAGCCGCAACGGCAUACGGCUACAAGCUCGCACGGUGGGCACCCUAUGAUAUGCUCAAGAGCAAAGAAAAACUGUUCUGGAACCGCAUGCUUUUGAACUCAGCGAGAAGCAAUUGCGCUCUCAUCACCAACGACUCAAGCGAGACAUUCCGGCGGCCGGCGCUGUGA